GAAUCUUUCCAACAUGAACCUGCACGGCGCUAUCCCGCCACCCUUGGGAAACCUCUCGUUUUUGUUGGCUCUCAACAUGAGUGGGAACUGUUUUAGUGGCGAUUUGCCAUCCGAGUUGGCCAACUUGCAUGGCUUGGAACUCAUGGACUUGAGCCACAAUGAGCUUAGUGGUGAAAUUCCUUCAUGGUGAAAUUCCUAGGGAAAUCGGUAAUCUUCGUGAUUUGCGAGUAUUUGAUGCCGGAAAUACGAGCCUUACCGGUUCCAUUCCGGCAAACAUUUUCAACAUAUCGUCGUUGAAGUGGAUAUAUCUAGGAAACAAUAAGCUUUCCGGUACUCUCCCAAUUGACAUAUGUUAUAACCAGUCAAGGCUUGAAGUUCUUUUCUUGGCCUUAAAUCAGUUAAAUGGUGAAGUUCCUUCGGGCUUAGACGGUUGCCACGAGCUUCGGUAUCUCGACUUAUCCGUAAACAGAUUCACAGGACGAGUCCCGCAUAGCAUCGGAAACUUAACCAGUCUUCGGAAACUAUACUUGGGGGCUAAUGAAUUGAGAGGUGAAAAACAGACAACUAGAGAACUUGUUUUAUCAUAUUGGUGUUUGUUCAUUAGUCAUUACCAAUGA